AUGGGGACCCCGAGGUCGCUGCUGCCCCUCCCCCACCUCCUGCUGCUGCUGCUGACCGCCCUCGCCUGUGACGUCACGCCCGGGGACCCCCCCGCCGCCAAUGGGUCCCGGGGGCUCUCGGAGAUGCAGCUGGGGGCGGGCCUGGCCGUGCCCCUGGCCCAGCUCCUGCCCCACCCCCGCUACGCGGGCGAGGCCACCAGCGGGGACCUGGCGCUGGCCCGGCUGCAGCGGCCCGUGGCCACCGAGGGCUCCCGGCUGCGAGCCCUCUGCCUCCCCGCCCCCGGCACCCGCUUCCCCGCCGGAACCCUCUGCCUGACCGCGGGCUGGGGGAGCACCGACCGGGCAGAGCGCCCCAGGCGGCUCCGGGAGCUGCAGGUGCCGCUGUUGCCGCUGUCCCUCUGUCGCCGCCUGUACGGAACCGACCUGGGCCCGGCGCUGCCCCCGCGGAGGAUCCGCGACGACAUGGUGUGUGCCGGGGACCCGAGGGGCGGGGCCGACACCUGUCAGUCACGUGACCGACGGGGAGGGUGA